CAUAAAACUAAUAAGCCUAAAGGAAACUAACAAAGAGGAUAUGAGCUUAGUUGCCUUGGCAUCGCCAUUGUAUAGGAGAUAGGAAAGCUGGAAAGGAGUUAAUUUACCACUGCUAUAGAUUAUACGCCGCCGAUAGUCUGGCAGCAGCAAGCGAUAUAUAUUUAUCGGAGGCAAUGGUAGGAGCAAGUAAUGUGUUGAAAGGGACAAGCACCUUCCUUCUCUUCUCCGCCUCCGCUUCUUCCUCUCGCCCGCUUCUCCCUCCCAUUCUCAACGCUUUACCCAAUAGUAUUCGCUUCGCGAUUCGCCCGCGCUCCCAUCCCCUCAACCGAUCCAUUUUUCUCCGUUACAAUGAGAAAUUGGCCGCUGCGUUUUCACCGCAUGGAAGAAGAGGCAGAGGAUUAGUCUUAUCCCGGAACUUGUAUAGCGGCAGCUCCAUUUCCGCCUCUUCUUUCUCUAAAGAGGAUGAUAUUGAUAACCCCGCCGCUACUGUUUCCAGAUCGGUAGACUCGCCGUCUCUUAAUCAUCAGCCGACGCUGGAGAUCAAAGACGCUGCCAAUACACUGGACAUUAGGGUUGGAAAAAUCUUAAGGGUCUGGAAACACGACGAAGCUGACUCCCUUUAUGUAGAGGAGGUCGAUAUUGGUGAGCCCCAACCUAGAAUCAUUUGCAGUGGUCUUGUUAACUAUAUCCCCCUCCAACAACUUCAGGACAGGUAUGUAAUUGUCCUUGCCAAUUUGAAGCCUAGAAAUAUGCGCGGUGUUAAGUCUUGCGGGAUGCUGAUGGCAGCUUCUAAUGAGUCGCAUCAAAAUGUUGAGCUCUUAAUGCCACCUGAAGGUUCCGUUCCUGGUGAAAGGGUAUGGUUUGGUUGUGAUGAUGAAAAAGACACCUUACCUGAGGCAGCAACACCCAAUCAGGUCCAAAAGAAAAAGAUUUGGGAAUGGGUGCAGCCACAGCUGAGAACCAAUGACUCUUAUGUUGUUAUGCUCGGUGCACAUUGUAUGCGGACACCCCUGGGUGUUGUGGUCUGCAGCUCUCUAGCCAAUGCAAACGUAUCAUGAUCAAAAUAUACGCUUGUUGACUGUUGAGUGUUGAGUUGUUGACAUAGUGGAGACUUGGACAGCAUAGUUUUGGCAUUUAUUUGAAUUUUGGUUUUAGUGUUGAGUGACUUCAGUCGAUUCGAUGCAUGCAUAGGGGUGCUAAACCGCUAAUCAACCAAGCCGACUCUUCUUACUUGAACCUAGAUCAACUCGAUUGAAACUCGAUUCGAAUCCGAUUUGAACCAAACUAAGUCAAGUUCAAAGUAUAUACAAACUCGACUAGAAAAGCUUGCAAACUACUCGAUUAUGGGUUUGCAUUGAUUCUUUUGGAUUCAUACAUAUGACAUUACAUCAUGGAUCC